AAGAAAGAAAGAAAGAAAGAAAGAAAGAAAGAAAGAAAGAAAGAAAGAAAGAAAGAAAGAAAGAAAGAAUUAAAUGAAGAAUGAGAGAAAGAAAUAAAGAAAAAAAGGAAGAAAAAAAGAGCGCGUUUAACAACCGAAUGCUGACGAAUGAAUCGAGAAACAACUGUAACUGCGGACUUUGUAUUUAGUAUCAGUCGGUAUUCGAGUGAUACAUCAAGACUACAAGUACAACAAAAACAGUGAUAAUGAACGACAGUGUUUGCUCAGUCGAAAACUUCGAGAUGAAACGCGGCCAUUCCUUUGCUUCUUAUGUCAUGUGAACAGUCCUCUUUUACCUUCUUAUGUAUUUGCAUUUGAUAGACACCUUUGUGCAAAUACUUACCAGACUGGAACGAUACGGUUACAUCGGCUGAUCUCAACAUGUUUCUCAUGCUUUUAAUUCAUUUCGUUUUGCCAAUAAAAAUGAUUGAAAUUACAAACAUAAGAGUCAUAUAUUGAUGGUGAUCGAGUGUACGAAAGUGACAUGCAGAUCUUAAAUUGUUUCGUAAAACGAAUUCAUUACUCUUCGUACAAAAGCAGUGUUGCUUCAAAUGAACCUUGAUAGAAACAGUGCCAAUACGAGCUACAAAUCCAUUGUUCCUGCUGUAACAAACCGCUACCAACGUCUAAGUGAGGAUAAUACUGUCGCUGAAUACACCUCUCAUAAAACCAUCAGCGUAACCUCCAGGCUGACAGAAACAGAUUAAACAAAUAGAAAGUAGAAACAAGUAUAAGCAACUUUAAGGCGGCGAGCUGGCAGAAACGUUAGCACGCCAGACGAAAUGCUUAGCGGUAUUUCGUCUGCCGUUACGUUCUGAGUUCAAAUUCCGCCGAGGUCGACUUUGCCUUUCAUCCUUUCGGGGUCGAUAAAUUAAGUACCAGUUACGCACUGGAGUCGAUGUAAUCGACUUAAUACCUUUGUGUGUCCCCUCUGUGUUUAGCCCCUUGUGGGCAAUAAAGAAAUAAGAAACAAGUAUAAGCAACUUUUCUGAUUCAUAAUGUUCUGUGAAAAAGAAUCCCAUGUCCCCAACUCCGUGAAAAGAGAUACAAAGAAAACAGAUGAAUGUGAAAAUUUAAUCAUGUACAUAACACAGAAACAAAUAGAGCAUACAAUUCAGACAAGAAAAACCAGAUCUUUAGAUGCUCUAUCAAAAACUAAAAUAUGCAAUUCAUAUGAAAUAUUUUGUCAGAAAAUUCUUAAAAUGGAUGAAAUAAACAACAAACAGGAAAGCAAUGGACUACUACGGAAGUCUUCCAUGAAAAAUAAUUUCAUUUCUCUUAAUGACCAAAUGAAACUCCGUAUGUCUUCAAAUGAUCCCUGGUUCUCUUUGGAAUUCUUUCCACCAAAAACUACCAAUGGGGCCAGAGAUUUGUUUGACAUAAUGGAAUGUUUUGCUGAAAGUCAGCCACUCUUCUGUGAUAUGACCUGGCAUUUGAAAAAUGAUCCUCAAAAUUUAGAGAAACCAACUAGUUCCCUCUGCAUGGCAGGUACAAUGUUGAAUUAUUUCAAUUUACCAACCAUGUUACAUAUUACAAGCUACAGCCAGUCUGUCUCAGAGAUCAAGGACAUUUUGUUAAAAGCAAAAGAUCAAGGAAUACGAAAUAUUUUAGCCUUAAGAGGAGAUAUAUUUCCAGGCCAUGUGGCUAGCACUGUACAUGAACUACCUUAUGCUGUAGACUUGGUCAGAUUGAUACGGAAAGAACAUGGAGAUCAUUUUGUGAUUGUUGUUGCUGGUUACCCCUCAGGUCACCCAGAAUGUGCUUCUUAUGAAGAGGACUUAAAACAUCUGAAAGAGAAGGUCGAUGCUGGUGCUGAUUUUAUUAUAACACAACUAUUUUUUGAAAUGCACACUUUUGAAAAAUAUGUCAAAGAUUGUAGAGAAAUUGGCAUCACCUGUCCAAUACUACCAGGAAUUCUUCCUAUUCAGAGUUACCUGUCUCUUCACCAUGUCAGUAAGCUGACAAAGCUUACAGUGCCUGAAGAAAUUCUUAACAGCAUAACACCAAUUAAAGACAAUGAUGAAGCUGUUCGCAACUUUGGUGUGCAUCAUGCAGUUGAAUUAGGAAAGAAACUUUUGAACAGUGGUUUGACAAAAGGAAUACAUUUUUACACUCUCAACCAAAGGUUUGCCACAACCACAAUUUUAAAACAGCUUGGUCUUCUAAAUGAGGAAAUCAACAAGCCUUUACCAUGGAAGCCUUCUGUAAACUAUGUAAGGCUUAACGAAGAAGUCCGCCCAAUCUUUUGGAAAGGUCGUCGUAAGAGCUACAUUUGUCGAACAGCAGACUGGAAUAAAUUCCCAAAUGGUAGAUGGGGUAAUUCUUCACAUGCUAGUUUUGGAAAUUUGACUGACUACUAUAUGUUUUAUCUAAAUUAUUCUAGUAAUGAGGAGCAAUUAAAAUCAUUAGGAUUUCAGCUAGAGACAGAGCAGGAUGUGUGGAAUGUAUUUUACUAUUUCAUCAAAGGACAUGAAAACCAAAAUGGAGUAAAGGUAACACACAUACCUUGGAGUGAUGAUGUCUUGUCUACUGAAACUUCUUUAAUAUCAGACCAGUUGGCAUAUCUGAACAAAAAUGGUGUUUUGACCAUAAAUUCUCAGCCAGCUAUAAAUGGGUUUAGUUCAACCCAUCCAAUAUUUGGUUGGGGAAACCCCGAUGGAUAUGUCUAUCAAAAGGCCUAUCUUGAGUUUUUCACUUCAAAAGAAAAUGUCGAAGUUUUGAAGAAACUCUUAGUUAACUAUCCUCAGGUCAAUUAUCAUAUUGGGAACAGUCAGGGUGAUAUGGAUUAUACCAACUGUGAUGAAACUCAACCAAUAGCUGUUACAUGGGGAGUAUUUCCAGGAAUGGAAAUAAUCCAGCCCACUGUUGUUGAUCCUAUUGCUUUCAAAAUUUGGAAAGAAGAAGCAUUCAGUUUAUGGAGAACGAACUGGCGUGACUUGUAUGACCCCAGUUCAAAGUCAUACAAACUGAUAGACUAUUUCCAUGAGAACUACCAACUUGUUAAUUUAGUAGAUAAUAAUUUUGUUCAGCCUACAUGUCUUUGGGAAAUUACAACUAAAAUGCUAUCAGAAACAACAAACUGAAGAAUAAAAUAUCAACAUUUAGAUCAACUAAAUGACCAAAAGUUCUGCUUUAAAUAACAAUAAUUUGAGUAAAAACAAAAAAGCUGAACUGUUUUGAAUGGUUUGGUAAUAUGCAUACACACACAGCUAAAAACUAACACCCCCACCUCUAUAUCUAACUUAUGAAAAGAAUAGAAAUUUCCACACUAAAGAACACUGAAAAAUUUGUACACUAGUGUGAAGUGUCUCAAUGCUCAGACCAUUCCACAUACUUGAAGUGAUUAAGACAUGGAACAGUGCCCAGGAAAUGGUGCAUAAAACAGCAAAUGUUAUUGGAUAAAUGGCUACAGGAAACUUGCAUUACAACUUCUUCAAAAGUUAUUGAUUUACUUCUGUGUACCUUAGUGUCUCCUUUCUUUAAGUUUUCUACUGUUUUCUUUGAUGGAAAAGAUAAAGUAUUGACCAAAAGAAUUAGUUAAUAAACUAUACAAGUCAUUGUUUUUUUAUAACCUGUAUUUAAUGUACACUAACAAAUCAAAGAGUUUAAAUGUCAACACUGGAUUAAGUGAAUAGUUAUCAUUUCCUACGAAACCUUUAAACAUUUAUCCAAAUAAUUUUCAAUA